AUGGACGACAUCGUCAUUACAGGCUCCAAUCCAACCUUAUCACAGGAUAUUAAGACUCAUAUUGGCUCUCAGUUCCAUACUAAGGAUACUGGGCCUCUAAAAUACUUUCUUGGUAUCGUAAUGGCACAUUCAAAAAAGGGCCUAUAUCUUUGCCAACGUAAAUAUACACUUGAUAUUCUACGAGAUAGUGGCUUCACUAGCACUCGUCCCGCUGAUUUUCCAAUGGAACAAAAUCUGAUGCUUUCAGAUUCUAAUGGCACAAUUUUAUCGGAUCCAUCUCCAUACUGCCGCCUAGUCGGGUGUUUGAUAUACCUCACCGUCAUUCGACCCGAUAUUGUGCACGUUGUUAACAUUUUAAGCCAAUUCAUGCAUCAGCCAUGUCAGCCACACCUCGACGCUGCUCAUCACUUGCUUCAUUACUUAAAGGGCACUCCUAGUCAAGGAAUAUACCUUCAUGCCAUGUCUGCCCUUCAUUUAACGGCAUUUUGUGAUUCUGAUUGGGCAAGUUGUUCGAUGACUCGCCGCUCCACCACCGGGUACUGCAUCUUUCUUGGCUCUAGUCCAGUCUCUUGGAAGACAAAGAAACAAACUACGGUCUCUCGCUCCUCAUCAGAGGUAGAGUACCAUGCCAUGGCAGUUGCUACUUGCGAGAUCACGUGGCUUUCAUAUCUCUUAAAGGAUUUGGGCGUCCAAUCAAGUUUACCCGUGCCCCUUCACUGUGACAAUCAAGCAGCCCUUCACAUCGCUGCCAAUCCCGUUUUUUAUGAACAUACUGAACACAUUGAAAUAGACUGUCAUGUCGUUCGUGAAAAGGUGUUUCAAGGUCUCAUCGCCCCAACCAAGAUUGAUUCGGCUGAUCAAGUUACGGAUUUGUUCACUAAAUCAUUUGGACGACCACAAUUCCUACAGCUCAAGUCCAAGCUGGGCAUUCGGGGCUCGGGACCUUCAUGCUCCACCUUGAGGAGGAGUAUUAGCUGUCAUAUUCAAAUUGAGCUGAUUUUUCUCAUUUAG